UCUGUUCGGACACCAAAUUAUUUUCCGAAUUCUUCUAACAAAAUACUUUUGAAAAUGGGACCAAUAGAUAUAUUCAAUUACUAUUACUAUGAAAUGGCAGGUAGUGAGGGCAAGUUAUGUAGCAGCUGUUUUAAAAAUAAUUGAUCUUAUCGAAACAGGAAUAUUUGUACUACGAAAGAAAAAUAAUCAAAUCACAACUUUACAUAUCUAUCAUCACGUAACUACAGUGUUAGUGGCUGUUAUAUCCUCAAGAUAUAUAUCCACGGGAAUGGCUGUAUUUGUUCCAAUUUUGAAUUGUUCAGUCCAUGUGAUAAUGUACACAUACUACUUUCUCAGCAAUCUUGAUGGUCCAAUAAAACAAAUGGUGUUGCCUUUAAAACGCUGGAUAACAAUCAUACAAAUGGUACAAUUCAUCAUACUGGCUAUCCAUGUCAGCAUAUCCCUCCUACCAAGUUGCCCAGUUCCAAGACUACCCGGGUGUUUAGUGCUACCAAAUAUAUUUCUUAAUUUCGCUUUAUUUUAUAACUUUUACAAAAAAGCGUAUUUAAGUCCCCGAAAGAAUGAAAAUUGAUAACGAAGUUAAACAGUUUGAUAGUUUGAUAUCGUGUGUGCAGUGAAUUCCAGGUUACUAUUUGAAAAUAACAAAGCUACGAUCCAGCCCACAGUUUCAUGUUUUUUUCAUACUUGAUGAUUACAUUAUUUUUAUAUACUUUCUUCAAAUCAAAAUGUAAAUACCAGGAUGCUAUAAAACUUUGAUUUCAAAAUCCCAAGCUGUUUGCUAGAUCAGGUUAUGAUCGAUGGAAAUCAACUUAAAAAAUGUUUUUUAAACGUGCACAGAAAGUAACAUCCUUGGUACUUGUCUUGCAUAAUGUUUUAUUUUUAUAUUGGUAGACGAACUUUCACAAUAUAAGGAAAACCUGUAAGCUGUAAGCUGUAUAUGAGAAAAGCUCAUCCGGUUCAUCCAAGGAUGGACUGGCAUAGGAUUGAAUGUAAUCACCGAAGACAAAGCAAUAUAAAUUCAUCCAAUGAAAAAA